AUGCGGUAAAAUAAUUUCUUGUUAUACAAGACAAAAAACAAUGUCAUUAUUGAUUAUUUAAUUAAUUGUGUCGUGUGUUUUUCGUAUGUUUUAGAUUGACCUUAUCUGGCAUUCUCAUAUGCAAGAGCCAUUGAAAUAUGUAGCUGAUUGUAUUCGUCUUGUUGGCUAUGUCAAUAAUCAUUCUCCAUGGCCACAAAUUGACGAUGAUACUAUGGAAAAAUCAUGUGAUAAAACGAAUGAUAUUUGGAAGAAAGAAUUUGACUCUGAUAUAACAACAGAUCAUGUUUAA